AUCGAAUCAUAUUCUGACAAAGUAAAUAGUGUAAAUCCUCUCUAGUGAGAAAACAAUCGUAAACAGAAACGGCGCAAAAAAUUGUUGAAUAAUACUUAGCUUAAUUUAUCUUUCAUAAGCGACAAUGGUUGAAAAUCGUGUGAUUUUGCACGCCUAUUGGCUGUCUUCGUGUUCGUGGCGUGUUCGAGCAAUGCUACAUGCAAAAAGCAUACCUUUCGAAGAACGUCCGGUGGAUAUUGUAAAAACUGGUAAACAGCUAACUGAAGAGUACAGAGCCAUCAAUCCAGCGCAAAAAGUACCAGCUCUCGAGAUAGAUGGAGUCACCUUAGUCGAAUCUAUGGCGAUAAUACAGUACAUAGAAGAUACGAGACCUGAACCGAAACUCAUGCCAGACACAGCACUACAACGCGCCCGUAUGAGAGAAAUAUGCGAGACUAUUGUAUCCGGUAUACAACCAUUACAAAAUUUCGGUCUGAAGAAACAUUUGGGAACGGAGGAGAAAUUCCUUAGCUUCACAAAAUACUGGACUGAAAGAGGACUGCAAACGCUCAAUGAUUUGUUAGCGAAAACAUCAGGAGCUUACUGCAUCGGAGAUCAAAUUACGUUGGCUGAUAUCUGUCUUGUGCCACAAAUUUAUAACGGAGUAAGCAGACAUAAAUUGGAUUUAAAGACGUAUCCAAUAGUAUCCAAAGUUUACGAGAAUUUAUUGAAAGAAGAAUUAUUUCAGGCGACUCACCCAAAAGCCACUAAGGAAAAGUUGAAAAUCAAUUUGUAAAUCAUGCUUAAAUAUUGGUUGCUUAUUUGUUAUUAUUAAAACACAAGUGAGCUCAAUAA